AUGAAGAGUUUCCUUGUUCUAGCAGCCUUGGCUGCGAGCGUCAAUGGCCUCGCUCUCUUUGGACGGGCCGAAACUGCCUGCUGCUUCCAUCUCAGCGUCACUGGAGAUGUCACCGGCCCCCUUGGCCAACUGACCGAUGGCCAGAUUCGUGUUGGUGACAACAGCCUCAGUCAAUCCCUGUUCUGUAUCAACUCUACCGGCGUCAUUAUUGACAGUACCGGCAAGGGUUGUAUCAUUACUACGGAGACUACUCAGUUCCAGUGUGACGAAGGUAAACCUGGAACUCCAGGCUUCUCCAUUGCGUCUUCUGGUCAAUUGCAAUUCCAUGGCAGUGAUUACUUCAUCGCUUGUGAGACUGGCCAAAAUGGGGGCAAGAACAUCUAUACCACCAACAGCACCUCCGUCACUCGUUGCAAGGCCGUCUAUCUGAAUGCGGACUCUUGCGUUAACACGGGCAGUGCUCCGGUGGUUAGUAUUUCUCCAGCUCCGGCUUCCAAUGUGACUGGCCCCGGCGGUGCUAUUUCACCUGGAGCACCUGGGGCCUCGGCUGCAGGUUCAGCAGCUGGUUCGCCCGUCACGAUCGUAUCCACAGUCACGGUAUCCAACUGUGUAUGUUCUGCGACUGCCACCCCUGGUACUCCUGCGGCUCCGGCUCCAGUACCAAUUCAGGCUUCCAGUGCCUCGAGUCCUGCAGCCCCCGGUGCGAGCUCGCAAAAUCCCAGUGCUCCUGCUGGCAGCACUACUGCAGCAGUACCGGUUGCCCCCGCUCCUGGCCGCUCUUCUGUUUCUUCAGCAAGUGCUUCGGCUCCCGCUGGCGGUGCUGAAUCGGCCUCUGGUGCUACCGCUAGUGCUACUGCUAGCGCUCAUACCUCUGUUGUUCCCGUCGUUCCGGUGCCUGGCCAAUCCUCUGCUACUUCUGCGAGCACCGCGUCUGCCUCUCCUGCGUCUGCCUCUCCUGCGUCUGCCCCUGAGGCCCCUCAUGCCAGCGGGGCUAGUAGCACCAAUCCUUCGACUCCAUGCCCCUCAUCUAGCCCUUGUCCCACAUGUAGCCACCCAGCUACUUCAAGCACUACCGGCGCCUCGACUCCCUGUCCCUCAUGCCCUCCGUCUGCUGUCACAAGUAGUGGUCCUCCCCCAAGCAGUCUGACCUUCAGUGUGACAUCUUUCGGUAACACCACUCGUCCAUCGAGCGUCCCAGCCACCUCGCCGGCAACGACUCCUUCGACCAGUAUCCGUCCUGUGAACUCGACUUCGACGAUUGCUACUUCCACCUCGACCUCGACUAGCUGCCCGACAAAUCUCUCUGGAGAAUUCCAAUUCCCCCAUCUGAUUGUGCGAAUUGACUCCGCUAAGCCGGAUACUCCCCACGGCACUGGCUUGAAUGGAACGGUCAACUCCACCGUUGCAACUACCUUUAAUUUUGACGUUCCUCCGUCGUACUCGGGCAAGACCUGUAGCCUGAUAUUCUUGCUCCCCAGGAAGGAAGAUCUCCAGACUACGUCGUUUAGCUUCAGCGGUGAUGGCAAGGUUGCGUUUGGCAAACUUUCGCAAACAGUCAGUAGCUCGACUACUUACAACAACGUUCCUUCCGUUUCACAGGGCUUGGGCACUAUUGCUAUCUCCCCCGGCAACUCAUAUCAGGUGUCUACCUUCGCGUGCCCCGCUGGACAGGCAUUGGCCUUUGAGAUGAAGAAUGCGGGAAGUACCGACUUUGGUUUCUUCGAAGACUGGAACCCAUCUCCCCUGGGUCUAUUUAUCACCGCUUGCUAAUUUGAGAACACGUCCCGAGACAAUCUAUGAGAAUAUCACUGGCUGGGCAAUUGUCCUGCCUGUUGUUGUUGAUGCCUCAGGGUAAACCUGGAGUGCACAUGGUCAUGUCUUUUUUUUUUCUUGAUUUGGCGCAGUUUCUAAAACGGAGAUAGUGUCUUGAGCAUGCGGCUCUUGGUUGGUAAUUUGAACAUAGUCAGUGAUGAUCGACUAGUUCACAAAACAUUGCUUCUUGUUCCGUAUACCUGUUCGCGGAUUGACCUCUCUUCAUUAUGUG